AUGGCACCUAAGAGAGUCAAAAGCGGCACAGUCUCCACACCUGCUGCAACGGCUGUUGGAAACAAGGCGUGGGACGCUGGGCUCACUUCUGCACAGUUUGACGAGGACUCGUGGCGGGCCAGUAUUUCUCUAGUGGUGGGGGAGCGUCUGGAGGACGAGGAGCUCAUUUCGGCUCUCCAGCUGGCGAUGCUGCAGCCCACCCGCCGGCUCUUCAGCUUGGUGUCCAGGGAGACCACCCUGGAGAAGAUCCACGAGCUGGGCAAUCCAAAAACCAAGAAGACCAAGGAUUCCCCCAUGUUCUGGGAGGUGCUGGAGGCUGCCAAGGCCUUGCUGGAUGCAGGGGAGGAGCUGCCGGCUGACCUUCUGGGGAAGGUGCUGAAGUUCCAGCUGCUGGGAGUGAAGACCAGCGACCAGCAGAGGAGAGCCGCCGAGCAGAAGGCUACAGACGACAAGGCUAAGACUAAGGCCGGCGUCGCUCCGCCCACCAAGGACAAGGACAAAGAUAAGGGGCCAGCGAAGCCUCCUGCCAAGGGGGGCGAGGGGAAGAUGGCCCCCGAGCCCAGCGCCCCCUCCAAGGAGACCCAUCUCAAACGCAGGGGGGAGGAGGACGAGACCAACAAGUACACAGAUGAUGAGCCAGAUGAUGGGCCGCAGCACUACAUCUUGGUGGUGGGCUUCCACCAGGCUCAGCUCCCUGCCGUGCUGGGCGCCAUGGGCGUGCACGUGGCCAACGUCAUCAGGCUGUCUUCGGGGAAGACCCACAGCCCUGAUCCAGGGUCCGGGUCCCCGCUCCUGGAUGAGGAGGUUGGACUACGGAGGAGGCAGAGGGAUCUGGAGCUGUUCUGGGCUCAGCUGGAGGCGGUGCUGGACUCUGGCCCCGCCCUCUCGAAGUUGUGGGACGUGGCCAGGCUGAGCUACACGGCCAAUCAGACGCUGCCGUCUCUGGACAGGGAGAGCGCUGAGGCUCGGCUGGCAUUGGGCCAGUGUGUGUUUGAGGGGCUGGCGUGUGUGAUCUAUGACAGUCUGGACUGGAGGAGACAGCACCAGCACUACCUCAGCAGCAUGAGGCUGCUGCAGGUGCCCUCCAUCCUAGAGCCCCGUUACCCCCGCCAGGAGAGUCCCGUGGAGGCUGCCCCGACCCCCACACCUCAGACCCCUGGGUCUAAGAAGAAGUCUGUUCCAGAGUCAGAGCCCUCCCCCCUGCUGACGACGGAGGUUGACAUGCGUUUGUACAGCGACCUGCUGGAGCAGAUCCCCCCCGAGGCAUGCUCGGUGCCCCUCAUCCUGCACUGCAUGCUGGAGCAGGUGGUGGUGAGCGAGGAGACGUCUCCGCCCCUCAGUGGGUCUGAUACGGAGCAGAGAGCCGAGGGCCUGGACCCCAGACUGGCCUCCCACAUGCUGGUGACCGUGCUGGCCCUGGGCCGGCCCAGCGACGACCACACGAGGCUGCAGGAGGAGUUAGGAGUGCAGCCGAGCAUUCAGCAGAGCGCGGACUCUCAGCGCCCCCUGCUGUUCAACAGCCACGACUACAGGGCCCUCAGACUGCAACUGCUGCCUGUGUGUAAACAAUUCGAGGCGAUGCAGAUAGAGGCAGACGUGAUGAGGAGGUCCCUGGUGACAUCACUGCUCAACCUCCCUGCCUCCUCCUCUUCCUCCUCCGCCAGCCAGCAAGCCAGGACCCAUCAGUUCAUCCACCACUGUACCGAUGGCUCCCUGAGGUGGGCUGAGGUGGAGCGUGGGCUCCGUCGGGGGGUCCUGGAGGGCAUGCCUCUGACCCAGCUGGACCAGGAGGGGGUCCUGGCCCGCACCCGAGCCCCAGAGCCCGUCCUCAUUCCCUGGGACGAGCCCGAGGCCUUCGCCAAGCACCUCCACAGGCUCAGGACCGGCACACGGGGUGAGAGGUGUGACCCUGAGCAGCUGAGUGUAGCAGACAUCCAGAAGAGCAGACUCAGAUCUCUCAGGGACUGGAACUACACCGAACACCACCCUGCCCACGUCCUCCCUCAGGUCCUCCAGGUUGCCUCGGAGACGUACCGCUGCAUGGACACAUUCCGCAGCCGCGACGACACUGUGUACGUCAUCUGCCAUAAUCCCAUGAGCCCCCAGCGGCAGUGCAAGGAACUGUGGGACGUGGCCCUCCACACUGACGUUGGGUUUAGGAAGUACUUGGAGCAUGUGGCAGCCUCAAUAUCUGAUUGGACCAAGGAGGAGGAGGUCAAGUGGUUGGCGGCGGAGGUGGAGCGAGAGCACUUCACCACAGGGUCUGCAGAUCUCAGAUCACACUCAAUCUCGCCAACCAAGUCCCCUGUGCUAACGGAAGCUGUUAGUAGUGAGCAGUACGUCAGAGAAGGCUCCCUCAAAGCCUGGAAGCUGGAGCAGGAGAGGCUGAAGGAGGAGGAUCAGGUGUCCAGGUCCAAGAAGGAGGAGAAGGGGAAGGGGCCGGCCAAGGGAGCGGAGCGGGCCGACUCGUCCAAGGACAAGAAGAAGACCCCUCCGGUCGCCAAGAAGAGCCGCGAGGACGUGAGCAAGACCCCCGACGCGCCUGCAGCGCCGCCCCCCGCUGACCAGGCAGGGGAACUACAGGCCGCUGAAGACGCCUUUGCUGGCUUCACCGGGUACAGCAUGGAGGGGAACCUUAUCCAGGUGUCUGGCCAGGUGCAGUCCCUGUUCCCCUCUGAUGGAGGAAGCAUCCAGGUGGAGAGCAUCCAAUAUAUCCAGGGGUCUUCUCUCCUCAAGGUGUGUGUGAUGAAAGACCAGCAUCGCUUCUACACACACAUCUGUCAGCCCUACAGAGGCCAGGAGGAGCCCGGUGCCAGGGAGCCAGGAGACUCCUCCCCGCGGAGCGGGCCAACCAAUCGGAGUGCGAAAACGGGCUUGUUCUCGGCGGUGCUGGCCAGUGGCGUCCACAUGUCCUACAGUCACUAUGGAGACACAGGAGAACGCACAGGUGAUCUGAGUGUCGGGCCUAGCUUGGAGGGGCACCCUCCCCCGCUGGCCUCCUCCCCCCUCCUCCCCUCCUCCCACACCGAAGAGGGCGGAGUCGGACCUGAGGAGGCUAGUCAGCCCGCAGACAGGGAGAGCCCCCCCCUCCCUGCAGCCUGCCCCCCCUUCCAGGGCCUGACUCUGUCCACCCCCAGUGGUCUCCUGCUGCAGGUCCUCCGAGAGAGCACAGAGGGUGUGGCCCCCUCGGAGCAGGGUGUGUUGCUGAGGCAGAGCUUCCCCCUCUGUGGGGGUGGGGGUGGGGUAGCCCUCCAGCCUGACCCCUCCCUCACCAGCGAGCUGUCCCGGGUCAUCACCCCUCAGGGAGCCGUGGUCAAGUACAUGAGGGACGGCUCCACCCAGGUGUUGUUUGCCGACGGCUCAGUCAGCAGCAGCUCCGACUCCGGCCCGGUCUUCCCCCUCGCCCCGGAGAUGCUCUCCAGGGGGGAGGAGCCAGCCAAGGACCCCGUCCCCAAGAACGCCAAAGACAAGAAAGGGAAGCUGAGCUCUAAACAGACUGUGGGAUCAGAGCAGGGGGAGCUGGAGCCCACCGUGGAUACGCGUAGCUCCGCCCACAGCCACGGUGGCUGCUGGGUAACGACCACGCCCUCCGGCCUCAGAGUGGCCACGCGGGGUCACACUGUCAUCACCGCCCCCCCCGCGCUGGCCUACCGCGCCACCGACCCCAUCACCCAGACGAUGGUGGUGACCCGGGAGGACCAGGUUCUGACCGUGGUGGAGCCAGACGGCUCUGUGACCGUGGAACACGCCGACGGCACCAGGAUCACCACCCUCUACCAGCAGAGGCGAGACAGGGUGUUGAUGGUGGAGAAGGAGGGCUUUGCGUCAGUGGUUGUGUUCCCCGAGGAACGCUCCUGCAACAUCUUCCUGGCAGACGGGACCGUCAUCACCGCCACGCACACCGGCGCUUACCAGGUGUAUCCCUCCAACGAGGGUCUGCUGGUCAUUAAGGAGGACGGAUCCUGCGAGUACACGUCUGACUCGGCCCCCGGCCCCACUCUGACCUCUGACCCCGCUCGUGAUCCUGCCCUGACCUCCCAGAGGCGGAGCCCCCGCGACCAACCAGGAAGCUACCUGAUGAACCACACCGCCGACAUCCUGUGCGAGGUGGUGGACCCAGAGGGGAACCUGUUCCAGGUGAUGGUCGACGGUCAGUGCCCAGUGGUGAUCUCCAGCCCAGUGGAGACCUCAGUGGAGGAAGAGGAGGAGGAGGAGGAGAGCCAAGAGGAAGAGAGAGAGUCGACUGAUCGCGUGAUGGGACGUAAACGACACCUUCCUAGGUUGUUUAUGGUCCAUGAGGAUGGCUCUGGGACUGAGCUGUUGCAUGUCCAGGCUGUGGAGGAAGUCCUGGACCAGGCCUACUCUGACCCCACCAUCGCCCUGCUGGAGGAGCCUCUACCAGACCUGGAGGAGGUGGUGGCUAUAACCAUGCUGAAACCCUGCCAGCAGAGCGUGUGGUCCAGCUGGCUGAUGCCCAAACAGAACCAGGACAUUCUGCCUCCCAACCUCAAGUCACGGAGCUGGGACAACUUCCCCAGCACAGAGAGGAAGACUCCGGGCCCUGUGUUUGGGACGUCUCUGGGCCGGGGGCUGAGUCUGGGAGGGACCCUGUGUUCCCGGGCCCACCCCCCGCUGCUCAGCUGCCCCGACGCCCUGGAGGUCCGACAGCUGCUCCGCUACCGGCCCGUCAGCCUCCGCCUCCGCCGCGCUCUGGAAGCACGCCUACGGGACUUCAUGCAGCAGGUGAUCCAGAAGGAGCAGCAGUCUGAGGAGAUGCUGCUGAAGGACCCUCGCUCCGAGGAGGAGAAGAUGCGCUCCAGCCACCUGCUCAAGCUGCUCCUGUCUCUUCCAGAUCCUGAGGAGCCCAGCAUGAACAAGAGGGCAGGGGACAUAGCUGCCCUGUACUGUCAGGCCAUGUCUUGUGACCAGCAGAGGGAUGCAGCUGCUGUUGCCUCCAAGACCUCACACACAGACACAGACAGUGAGUGUAAACCCAGUUCUCUGUGGCCCAGCAGGAUACAGCAGUACAGACAGGAGCUGGCUGAGGACAGGCUGCAGAGAGAAGCUCUGAGGAACAGGAUCAUCCCUCCCUACUUCCACCCUGACUCCUCCCUGGAGGCUCCAGAAAUGACAGCCCUGUCCAGGGACCUGCCCCCCUUCCCCCAGACCGGCCAAUCAGACAGCUUCCUCAGGGAUGCCCCCCAGGAGAAGGCCCAGCGGCCUUUGAAUCCGACGCCUUCUCAUGCAGCAGGAAGUGACUCGACAUCGGUCGGGAGACCCACCAAUCCCACGCCUCAGACGGCAGGGGACAGAGGUGGUGCUGGCUGGUCAGAGCGGAGGGCAGAGAGACGUAGGACGUCUGGCCUCCAGGUGGACGUAGCAGGUCAGCCCAGGACGAGGCCGGUCAGACUCCCAGCCUCCAUCCUCAGCUCCAAACCACACAGCCGGCCCAACCACCAGUUCCUGUCUGUGGAGGAGCCAGUGAGGAGGAAAGUGAGGACUGUGUCUGUGAUUGGCCAGCCGGCUGCCCGGCGAGGGUUCGAGCUCCUCCCCUCAGAGGUGUCUUUCGGCUCUCUGAGGGAGGGGUCCACCUACGCCGUUACCGUGGUGAUGAGGAACGUGGGCGUGGACACCUGCAGGUUUACUGUGAAACAGCCUCCUCCCUCCACUGGCCUUACAGUGACUUAUAGCCCUGGACCUGUGGCAGCAGGUAUGAAGGUGGAUCUCCUGGUGCAGCUGUUUGCCAUGGCUGCAGGGCAGGAGGGUGGAGGGCAGGAGGAGGAGGACAGACGGGAAGGAGAGGUCCAGCUCUCCCAGAGCCUCCUCAUUCACACCGAGACAGAGACCCUGGAUCUGGCCGUCUCUGCCAAUAUCCUGACGCACUGCCUCCUUUAA